AUGGCACACAGUAGCCCAGAUAUGCCUUCCUCCGAGGGUAUGGCAUUGAAGAGGAUUUCUCCGUCUCACCAAGGCCUGACGCCCCCAGACAGCCCAACGAAGGGGACAGCUACGGUUCAAGCUAUCGUGAAGGAUCUGCAGAGUCUCUUUGGAGUAUUCCUUGAGAAGGCGCUGCUCGAUCUUUCCAGCGGAGAACCUCCAAACACUCCUGUCUCCCAGGGCAAGUCCCGACCCGAUCUCGACAUGGUUCGACUGAAUCAGUUGCUGGUGAAGCUCACCGGCGAUGAAUGUGCUUCAGCUAAACUGUCUGUGGCAACUAAGCCCGCCCAGUCUUGUCCAGCAAGCAAUGAACAGGAGGGCGUUCAGGUAGCAGAUGAAAUUGAUCUCAACAGUCCGAUCUGUACUACCCCUGAUGACUCCAAGUCGUUCGAAAAAUGGGCCUCGACACCCGAAUUCAAGACGGUCGUGGAAACUUGGGACAAAGAGGCAUGCAAAUACAAGAUUGCUGAGCCGACGGAGACCAGCACUGAUCAGGACAACUAUGCCGAGUAUGUGUUCGUUGUCCGCGAACGUAUUGACCGGAAGUCCGAGGAGGUGAUAUCAUACGUAGAUAUCAAAUCGGAAGGCUUGCGCGACAUUCUGCGUGAGGUGCUGCACGAAAUCAAGGCUGUUAGCAUGAUGGAAGAUAAGCCAUCGAUCGAGCAAAAUGUGCUAUUUCAUUUCCUCUCAGAGCUGGAAAAAUAUGCGGAGAGCUUGAACAACAAUCCGGACCGUGGAUCUGCACAUGUGAAGAAUCUCCACUUGCUCAUCGACCAUCUCAAGCACACGUAUGCGGCGACCUCGCAACGUCUUGAUUCAAUGCUACUGCAUGGCCACAUCACAUACGACCUUCUUUGGGCACUUUUCAAGCCUGGUUCCCACGUGUACGGAAGGUGCUUCGGAACAGGAGAACCGCGAUGUGUUAUAUUCGAUGCGGGCGAAGAGACCACCGAAGACGACGUCACGUAUUAUAGACUCGAAUGUCGAUACCUCGACUAUGAUGGACAGAAAUUUGGCGAAGCCGGCAUCUUUCUCGGGGUCACGAAAUUCCGGGGAUCACGGCCAAUCGAAGCUCUCCAAGCCUUCCCUCUCCACCAUCAUCCAGAUUACGAUGGAGUCCGCAAAGACCUGGUAAAAAGAGGUCGGAAAUUCUGUGGCAUGGCUGGGAGACACAUCCAACACUGUGACGGCAGCGCGUUCUUUAUGAAAAACGGCGCUGCUGUCGAAGUGAAAAUCAAUGGUCAAGUGGGAGUUGAUGCAGCAUUUUUCCGUCAAAUGUUGCCCAAUUAUUCCCGGCCCCGACUCCAAGACAACUGGCCAAAGAAGAAUGAUGGCAUCGCAGUUAUCGAUAUAGGCGCACUGUUCAAAAGGGACCGGGAAAGGGAGAAGGAAGGAAUGCAGGAAGGCAGCGUAGAUGUACAACAAAUGGGAGAGGACGACUUUUUGAUCAGCUGUCCUACAGUUUGUUGCUUCAGCUUUCAGGAUAAGCAGUUCUUGGAGUGUGCGGUUGGUGCUCUUCGCGAGGUGACAUGGACCCCGGAAACCUUUGACUGUCUGAAGAUACCGUCGGAGAAAAAGACUCUCCUCUCGUCACUGGCAAAAACUCGCUUGGGGCUAGCACCCACUGUGCCAUUUGACGAUGUAAUUAACGGAAAGGGCCGUGGGCUCAACAUUCUUUUGCAUGGUCCACCAGGCGUCGGAAAGACAUUCACUGUUGAGGCAACUUCGGAGCGCUUCAACCGUCCUCUGUAUUCUAUAUCGGCCGGAGACCUUGUCGUCGCCUCCGCCGAUUCUAGUGUGCUCGAGCAAAGAAUCGAAAGCAUAUUCAAGAUUGCCAAGCACUUCGACGCCGUUCUUCUCUUGGACGAGGCAGAUGCGUUCAUGGAGCAGCGCAAAUCUUACCAUGAUACUCAUAAUCGUCUUGUGACCGUUUUUCGCCGAAAACUGGAGUAUUACCAGGGCGUCCUCUUCUUGACCACGAAUCGGAUGAUAGAUUUCGACGAGGCGAUCUUGAGCGGGAUUCACUUGACCAUUAAAUACGAUGGCUUGACAGCGAAGUUUCGUCGGGAGAUCUGGACGAAUCUAUUAUCCAAAGCACAUACGGCCCAGGGUCCUCCUGUUGUUGGACAAGAUGAGCUGCAGCAGUUAGACAAGUUUUCUCUAAAUGGAAGAGAUAUCAAGAAUCUUAUUUCCAUUGCACACGCACUCGCCACGGUCGAGGAAGAGCCGGUGACCUACAGAUGUCUGGAAAUUGCCGCGGAAUCGAAUGAAAGACUUUCGGAAGAGUUUCGUCGAGCACAAUGCGUUGAGAACAUGUUUCUCUAG